GAGCGCAGCGCCCCGAGCAUGGAGCCUGCCUGAGACGCUCCGUGGGCUCCGGCAGCUGCGGCGGCGGCGGCGGCACAACAUGGAGGCUGUGGCCCCGCCGCUCCCGUUGCUGCUGCUGCGGCUCUUGGCCGCCUCGGUGCUGCGGUGCGGGCCGGGCUCGGCUGCGGCAUCUCCCUUUCUGCUUUUCGCCAACCGGCGGGAUGUUCGACUCGUGGAUGCUGGAGGCACAAAGCUGGAGUCCACUGUUGUGGUCAGUGGUUUAGAGGAUGCUGCUGCGGUUGACUUCCAGUAUUCGCAAGGCAUUGUUUUCUGGACAGAUGUGAGUGAAGAAGCCAUCAAGCAAACUCACAUUAACCAAACUGGGAAUGUGGUGCAGAAUGUCAUCAUUUCUGGUCUGGUUUCCCCGGAUGGCCUGGCUUGUGAUUGGAUUGGGAAAAAGCUUUACUGGACGGAUUCAGAAACCAAUAGGAUAGAAGUAGCUAAUCUGAAUGGAACAUCUAGAAAAGUCCUCUUCUGGCAAGACUUAGAUCAGCCCAGAGCAAUAGCUUUGGAUCCUGCUCAUGGAUACAUGUAUUGGACUGACUGGGGUGAAACACCCAGAAUAGAACGGGCAGGAAUGGACAGCAGCACACGAAAAAUAAUUGUCAAUUCAGAUAUUUAUUGGCCAAAUGGGCUCACGAUAGAUCUUGAUGAGCAGAAACUUUACUGGGCUGAUGCAAAACUGAGUUUCAUUCAUAGGGCAAAUCUGGAUGGCUCAUUUAGGCAAAAAGUUGUCGAAGGUAGUCUUACUCAUCCCUUUGCACUGACAUUAUCUGGGGACACUUUGUAUUGGACAGACUGGCAAACACGCUCCAUUCAUGCCUGUAACAAAAGGACAGGAGAGAAAAGGAGAGAAAUACUGUCUUCCCUAUAUUCACCAAUGGACAUCCAGGUUUUAAGCCCAGAUCGGCAGCCAUACUUUCACACUCCAUGUGAAGAAAACAAUGGUGGUUGCUCCCAUCUGUGCCUGCUCUCUCCAAGAGACCCCUUCUACAGCUGUGCCUGCCCCACUGGUGUGCAGCUGGAAGACGAUGGCAGGACUUGCAAAUCAGGUGCUGAAGAAGUCUUGCUGCUUGCUAGAAGGACUGACUUGAGGCGGAUUUCCCUGGACAUGCCAGAUUUCACUGACAUCAUUCUGCAGAUAGACAAUAUCAGACACGCAAUUGCGAUAGACUAUGAUCCUGUGGAGGGCUACAUCUACUGGACUGAUGAUGAUGUCCGGGCAAUUCGUCGGGCCUACCUUGAUGGAUCUGGAGCACAGACUCUGGUAACCACAGAAAUCAAUCAUCCGGAUGGUAUUGCUGUGGAUUGGGUGGCGAGGAACCUGUACUGGACUGAUACUGGAACAGACCGCAUUGAAGUGACCCGGUUGAAUGGAACAUCAAGAAAGAUCCUUAUCUCAGAAAACCUAGAUGAACCUCGAGCAAUAGUGCUCAAUCCUGUAAUGGGCUACAUGUAUUGGACGGACUGGGGUGAAAGUCCAAAGAUAGAAUGUGCUUAUUUGGAUGGCUCAGAAAGGCGAGUUCUGGUGAACACAUCCCUGGGUUGGCCUAAUGGCUUGGCACUGGAUCUGGAAAAAGACAAGCUUUACUGGGGAGAUGCAAAAACAGAUAAAAUUGAGGUCAUAAAUGUUGAUGGAACAAUGAGGAAAACCCUCCUAGAAGAUAAGCUUCCACAUAUAUUUGGGUUCACACUGCUGGGAGAUUACAUCUACUGGACUGACUGGCAGAGAAGAAGCAUUGAAAGAGUUCACAAGAUAAAGGCUAGCAGAGACAUCAUUAUUGAUCAGUUGCCAGAUUUAAUGGGCCUUAAAGCAACAAGUGUUACCAAAGUGUUUGGAACUAACCCAUGUGCAGAGAACAACGGAGGCUGCAGCCAUCUGUGUUUCUUUACACCCCAGGAGACCAGGUGUGCCUGUCCCAUUGGCCUUGAGCUGUUGAGUGACAUGAAGACUUGCAUCAUUCCUGAAGCCUUCUUAGUUUUCACAAGCAGAGCAGCAAUUCAUCGGAUUUCCCUUGAAACAAAUAAUAAUGAUGUUGCUAUUCCUCUUACUGGAGUCAAGGAAGCAUCUGCUCUGGAUUUUGAUGUCUCUGAUAACAGAAUCUAUUGGACUGAUGUUAGUCUGAAGACCAUAAGCCGAGCUUUCAUGAAUGGGAGCUCUGUUGAACAUGUGAUUGAGUUUGGGCUGGAUUAUCCUGAGGGAAUGGCUGUAGACUGGAUGGGAAAGAAUCUCUACUGGGCAGAUACUGGAACGAAUCGUAUUGAAGUAGCCCGCCUGGAUGGACAGUACAGGCAGGUCCUUGUGUGGAAGGACUUGGACAACCCAAGGUCUCUGGCUCUUGAUCCUACCAAAGGAUACAUGUACUGGACUGAAUGGGGAGGUAAACCUAGAAUUGUUCGAGCAUAUAUGGAUGGAACAAACAGCAUCACUUUGGUGGACAAAGUGGGUCGUGCCAAUGACCUCACUAUUGAUUAUGCAGACCAAAGGCUAUAUUGGACUGACUUAGACACAAGCAUGAUUGAGUCAUCAAAUAUGCUAGGCCAAGAGAGAGAAAUCAUAGCAGAUGAUCUACCUCAUCCAUUCGGAUUAACCCAAUACAAUGACUACAUCUACUGGACAGACUGGAAUCUUCACAGUAUAGAAAGAGCAGACAAGACCAGUGGGAAGAACCGGACACUUAUUCAGGGCCAUCUGGAUUUUGUGAUGGAUAUAUUAGUCUUCCAUUCUUCACGUCAAGAUGGCUUGAAUGAUUGUGUGCAAAAUAAUGGCCAUUGUGGUCAUUUGUGCCUUGCCAUACCAAAUGGAUUUAGGUGUGGCUGUGCUGCUCAUUAUACCUUGGAUCCCAACAGCAGGAACUGUAGUUCCCCUGCCAGCUUCCUGUUGUUUAGCCAGAAAUCUGCAAUCAGCCGGAUGAUACCAGAUGAUCAGCAAAGUCCAGAUAUCAUACUGCCUAUGCAUGGUCUAAGGAAUGUUAAGGCUAUCGAUUAUGAUCCCUUAGAUAAAUUUAUCUACUGGGUGGAUGGACGUCAGAAUAUUAUAAAAAGAGCCAAAGAUGAUGGCACUCAGCCUUUCACUGUCAUGAGUACUCCAAACCAAAGCCAGAACCCAGAGAAACAGCCACACGACCUUAGCAUUGAUAUAUACAGUCAUACCUUGUACUGGACCUGCGAGGCCACCAAUUCAGUCAAUGUCCACAGGCUGAACGGCGAGUCAAUUGGAAUGGUGCUGCGUGGGGAUCAUGACAGGCCCAGAGCCAUUGUAGUAAAUGCAGAACGAGGGUACAUGUACUUCACCAACAUGCAAGAGCGAGCUCCCAAGAUUGAGCGUGCAGCCCUUGAUGGCACAGAGAGAGAAGUGCUUUUUACAACUGGGCUAAUUCGACCAGUAGCACUGGUGAUUGACAACAAACUUGGAAAGCUUUUCUGGGUGGAUGCAGAUCUGAAGCGUAUCGAAAGCUGUGACUUGUCAGGUGCUAACCGCGUGACCCUGGAGGACUCCAACAUCCUUCAGCCAAUGGGACUUACUGUGCUGGGCAAUCACUUGUAUUGGAUUGAUCGUCAGCAGCAGAUGAUUGAGAGAGUGGAGAAAAUAAACGGAUACAAAAGGACUAGAAUUCAAGGCCGAAUUGCUCACCUAACUGGUAUUCAUGCUGUAGAAGAGCUUGAUAUGGAAGAAUUCUCUGUGCAUCCAUGCUCCCGUGACAAUGGUGGGUGCUCACACAUUUGCAUUGCCAAAGGGGAUGGGACUCCAAGAUGUUCAUGCCCCGAGCACCUUGUGCUUCUGCAGAAUCUCUUAACAUGUGGAGAACCUCCAACUUGUUCCCCAGACCAGUUUACCUGUGCAACUGGAGAGAUUGACUGUAUCCCAAUGGCAUGGCGAUGUGAUGGAUUUCCAGAGUGUGAUGACCAGAGUGAUGAAGAUAGUUGCCCAAUAUGCUCUGCAUCCCAGUUCCAGUGUGAGAAAGGACAGUGUAUCGACGCACACUUGCGGUGUAAUGGAGAAAUUGACUGCCAAGAUAAAUCUGAUGAAGCAGAUUGUGAUACAAUUUGUCUACCCAAUCAGUUCCGAUGUGCAAGCGGCCAGUGCAUCCUCCUGAAGCAACAGUGUGACUCCUUUCCAGAUUGCAUCGAUGGUUCUGAUGAGCUUAUGUGUGAAAAACCAAAGCCAUCCUCAGACGAGUCGCAGCCACACAGUAGUGCCAUUGGUCCUGUCAUUGGCAUAAUAUUGUCACUUUUUGUCAUGGGAGGAAUGUACUUUGUUUGCCAGCGAGUGGUGUGUCAGCGCUAUGCUGGGCCCAAUAGUCCUUUUCCACAUGAGUAUGUCAGUGGCACCCCUCACGUCCCUCUUAAUUUUAUUGCUCCAGGAAGUUCUCAACAUGGCACCUUUACUGGUAAGGAUGGCAUCUCUUGUGGAAAGUCCGUGAUCAGCUCCAUGAGUCUCAUGGGAGGAAGCAGCGGUGCCCCCUUAUAUGACAGAAACCAUGUUACUGGAGCCUCUUCAAGUAGCUCAUCCAGCACUAAAGCCACUUUCUACCCACAGAUCUUGAACCCACCUCCUUCCCCAGCUACCGAUCGCUCCCUGUAUAAUGCAGAGAUGUUUUAUUCUUCAAACAUUCCUUCAACCACAAGAUCUUACAGGCCUUAUAUUAUACGAGGGAUAGCUCCACCCACAACCCCAUGCAGCACAGAUGUUUGUGACAGUGACUAUACUACUAGUCGAUGGAAGGCCAACAAAUACUAUAUCGAUUUAAAUUCAGACUCAGACCCUUAUCCCCCACCACCCACACCUCGCAGUCAAUACAUGUCAGCAGAAGAAAGCUGCCCUCCGUCUCCUGCCACAGAACGAAGCUAUUUUCACCUCUACCCCCCUCCACCUUCUCCUUGUACAGACUCCUCAUGACCUCAACAGAAGGAACUCUUCCUGUAAAUAUUUUAAAAUAUGAACAGAUUUAAAAUAUAUAUUUUAUGAUUUAAAAAUAAAUUGGGGUGGGAAUUUAAAAAAAAAGAAAUGUGAAUAAAAAUGGGUGGGAGGGAUGGGGCUGUGAAAAAUUGUACAGAGGAAGAAUAUUUAUAAAAUUGAUUUUUUUAACUUAAUUUCCAUUCUUUUGUGCCAUAUUUGCCUUUCUGAUGUCAUGAAAAUUACUCAGUCUCCAAAGGAUUUGGGGAGGGAAUGUUGAGCCUUUUUGCAUUUUUAAGUCACCUUUUUACAUGCGAAGUAUAUAUAAUUCUUUUUAUUAAUGUGAGACAAGAAAGCAAAGUGGCCUGUGGAAGAGUCUAAAGAAAGGUGUAAGUUUAUUUGCAGAGAAGAAAAAGAUGUUUAAAUAAAAUUGUCAGUAUCUCACCCCUUCCCACCACUGGGAGAACACAUGCAAUGGUCACAACCCUUAGAUGCUCCUGUUUGCACAUGAGCUGAAUGCUUCCCAGCAGAACUCACAUGCUGAGACCCAGAUUUCAAGCCUCCCUCUCCUUUUGCUUAGGAUUGAACUGGAAGAACACUUCUUUUGGCCAAACCUUACAGCUUAACUAGGCUCACAGGCCUAAUUAAGCUGUCAUGUCAUGCCUCAUGUCAGUGCCACUGCACAUGGCUAGUUCUGGAAAUGAUUCAAGCUAAAAAGGAUAACCAGCCUUAAAAAACUUGGUUUAGCACCAGUCAGUUCCUGACUUGAGUGGGUGAAUGGUAGCGGAAGCAGUCAUAUUGACCUGUGGGUUAGAGGAAGGGGCAAAUAAAGUGGUAUUUAAGCUAUGAGAAAUGUCUGCAAAAAGUGCGUAUUUGGUCAGACUCACUGUUUGAAUUGUGAUGAAACCAAAUUCCGUCAUCCUUCCUUUGGUGACUAUCUGGGAAGAGGCUGUAAUAGUCAGCUGCUUCUCAUAAUACAGGGCAAGUUCUCUUUUUUUCCAAAAGUCCAUUAAUUCAAUGUGACAGGUCUCUGAGAUGUUCACUUGUAUAGACAGACCAGAGACAGACUUCAUUUCUAAUGCUGAUGUUACAAAGAGGAAUGGUGUGAUUGUUUUCAUGCAUUUAAAUAGGGAAAGUUGUUUGCUUUCUAAUUGGUGUUCGUAGAAAAUGGCAUCUGCAUAGCUCAAAGCAAAAACAUCUGCUAUUCAAACAGUUAGAUCUCAUAAAAAUUAGCCACACAAUUAGUUCAGGUUUAGAAAUAGAAAAAGCGGGGGGGGGGGGGGGGGGGGGGGGAGGGUAGGAGACAAAUACUUAUUUCUAAUUGAUUUGAAAUAAAGAAAAUAAACUCUAAUACAAAUUGCUGUAACCUAAGGACAUGAACAGCAAAGUGCUCAUAUUCCCAAAUCCUACAAAAAAAAACAAACACUUAGGGAAUGGUGGCUAGGAUCAGCCCCUUUCAAAAUACAGAAGAUAAAUUUUUGCUUCACUUGUUCUUUUGCUGUAACAAAAGGGAUUGAGUAUUUUAUGGCACUUCAUAUAUUCAGCUCUGAUGAUGAUAAUGUGAGUGCCUGCUUGGGACAUUUGAGGGAAGUUCAGAAUAUGUAGAUUCUCAGCUGUUUCUGCAGCUGCUGAAUAAUAGGCGUUGGGCUCUUGACAGCCUUAAUAUUGUUGGCAACAAUGCAAACUGUUUUUCUUGUUUGAACUUAAACUGUACUUGGUUUGGGGUCUUUUUAGCAAGUUACUUGAGAGCACAUCAGAGGAAGUGUGCAGCUCCAGGACAGAGGUCUUUGUGGUGGUGGUGGAGGGACUGGGACCACAAGUGUUCUGAUCCAGUUCGUGCUUUCAGAUUUAUUAGUCCAUAUCUGUUCUUUCUGUCUGCAUUAUUCCUGAGGGCAGGACUUGUGCUGCAACUGGUGUGUUGCUAAAACUCUUAAAGUAGCUUUUACUACCUUCCUGUCUAAAUUUUCAUUUGAGACAUUGAGCACAAAGAAGAUGCUCACCAUUUUUUGUGGAGAAAAAUACAGACUCAGGGAUUACAGCUUUGAACUGUAAGAAUGUGUUCUUUCCCCGUCCCCUAUCAACAUCAGUAAUUUUGCAGUAUGUCAAGAGGGACAAGGCCACGGUUUGUUACUCUUAGCAGGUCUCUGAACAACUGUUAAUGAUUUGGUGAAACAAAGCAAUUCUCACGUGAUCAUAUUUCAGUCAACUAAAUUAGUAUAGAUCCACAGGAUACUUUAUGUACUACAUUGAUCACAUAAAGAAGUACUUGUUCUGCAUUACAGCAGUUGGUAAACCAGUUUCCUAUCAUAUGUAAUUUUCUACAUGAUAUUUACCAUUUAUCAUUAAUUCAUUACCUUAGUUGUUUCAUGUUACAUCUCUAGCUUAGAGACGUACCACAUUAAUUUUCCUGUGUCGCUGUGAUGACACUGAAUGCAAAACUGCGUUGUUUUGGGUUGGGUUGUUUGGGUUUUUUUUGUUUUUCGUUAAAACACUGAUCUUUUUAAAAAGCCACAACUAUAACAAUCCCAACCACUUCACCUGAAGACUUGUAUCAGAAAACUUAUAUCCAAACUUUGGAGUUGAGUCCAAAAAAAUAGCGUUCUUGCUGAGAGCUAAACUGUUGUAAGAGUCAAAUUCUUUUGGAGCGUAGAUAAUCAGAAGGAAGGAAGAAUUUACUGAAUGAGGCAAAUUAGGCAUGUACAUUUUGAUUUCAGUUGAGCAUUCAUAGCCUCUUGCUGCUGAUGUUUGCUGAGAAAUUGACUCCUCUGAGGCACUUGGAAGUCUGGUGGUCAGAAUUUAAGCCCCACAAUUCUCCCUAAGACUGACUUUAAAAGCCUCUUCUAAAAAGAAUUUGUAUAGAAAUCUAUCUAAUGUUUAAAUAAUAACUCUUUCAUUGCUGUAGAUUAUAUACUUUAAAAGGAUGACUGCCCUCCUGGAGCUAGAAAAAGACCAGAAAGAAAACCUGAGUGACAGGAGCUACUUUUCUCCAGAAGUGUCCUCAGAGUGCUCUUGAUGGUUUCCAUCCUGUGAACUUUCAGGCAAAACUGUAGAAAGUAGGUGCCAUUUUCUUCUAGAUCAGGAUGAAAGAGUUGCAGGGAAUUAGUGAAUGCAUAAAAGUUAUGGCUGAAUAGGAAAUACGUGGGCGAGGGUUGCGUUUUGGUGAGGUUUAGGCAUAGUUUUAACAGUUCAAAAGUUGUCCAUGAGAAAGCUGACUUCCCCCCUGAGAGCCUGCAAGGGGGUGCAUGUGACUGGGCAACCCAUGUGUUUGUGAGUAUUAGAAUCAGUGUUUUCAGCCACUAUUUUCCAUGCCCAAUAUGACUGCACAUUAGCACUUGAAACUGCUCAGGGUGUAAUGCAGAACUGUGUCUGGAGCGCAGCUAGUAACAGGCAAACAAUAUGGUUGAUUCUGUGUUAGAUUUAAAGCAGAGAUGUCCUAGCAGAGAACACCUUACCUGCCUUCCAGUGCAGUUGUGACAGCUGCUACUGGCGUUGUCUUCUCUUUUGCGGGAUUUAUCCUGUCCGCAGGCCAGAUGUAGCAGCAGCGUGAAGCUGUAAGGUAAAUGGACAAGUCAUGAUCUUCAACAGUGAAGUAUACUUUACUUGCAAGCAAAAGUUUUGUGUAAAUUAUAGCUUGACUUUACUUCAGCUAGACUGGUCAGCAGCCCCCACACCCUGACAUUUGCAAUGGAGGUAAUUAAUUUGUUCAUUACUGGUGGAUGAUUUUGAGGAAACUUCAUUAGCACUUUCCCAGCUGUCUUACUGGUUAAGUUUUCUUAUGUCUGGACAGAUCACUAAAGAGCACUUAGGCUAAGAUAAUGCUAAAUCUGUAUCUAUGACCAAUAAUGUUUUCUUUAGGAUAAUGUUAUAAUACAAAGUGUUCCAAGUCUAAAAAUGAGACUGUGCCAUAAUCAUAUUCUAAAGAGGAAAGUUGAAAUAAGUUUCUUCUUUUGGAAUAGUGAGUUUCAUUUUCAAUAAUAAACAUUGAUCUCUCUGGUUUGCAAAAAGUGAAAGCACUGCCCUAAAAGCUCUGAUUGUUUUCAGCAUAACAACCAAAUCGUCUCUUCUCUCACCACAUGUUCUACGCACCUAGGAUGGGCCUUCUGGAAAUACCAAGGCCAGUUUUUCCUGGACCUGUUUUCUGUCUGAUGUCUAGAAGAUCACAUACUAGGACCCACUGAGUUAUCUCCAUUUUUAUGCCAACUGAUGCCUCUUCGAUUCUGGGGCUUUUGAAGUUCUCAAGCUCUGUGUACAGCAGUGAAAAAGGAUUUGGAAGCAGGAGCACCCAGUAAGGUCUGUUCACACUGGGUUGGUGUGGCAGUCACAGGAAUCUUCCUUCGUUGCCUGAGAGGUCAGAUCCCUUUCCUAGGGGGAGCUCUUGUGGUACCCUUCAUCAGAGCCUCUGUAGCACGCUGUAUUACUUUACAAUUGUGGUCAGUCAAACCACAGAAGUUUUGUGUCCUGUUUGCUUCUAGCACUUUCAGAAGCUGAUCUUCUCUGAUGUCAGUCAUUUUGGUGGAGUGUGUGUUGAGUCCAUCCAAGUGAGUUAGCUGUGCUUAUAAUUGUACUACAAGUAAUAGCCAUUAAUGUCAGGAAAUGAAAACAAGGCAAGCAUGUUCCCAAUAACUAGUAACACAAAAGAGUGUCUGGCCUGGAGCCCUGAAUUGGAAAUAAUGCAUUUGCUGUUACAGUGCUGAAGGACAUUAUAUAAAUGUCCAUGUGUGGAGAGAGCCUUAGACAAGCCACAGUCAGUGGUAGUUUUUCACAGAUCAGUUAUUCAGUUGUUUCUAUGUUUUAUUAUGACUCCGUUAUGAAUUAUGAGUGGAGUCCUUGCCAUAAUUUUGGCUUGUCUGUAGAAGAUUCAGGGAAGGCUGAAUCCUAAAUGCUGAGCAGUGUCUGGUUCUGCAGCUGUUCCCCUAGGAAUUGCGGUAUUUUCUGCUCAGUAUUAAAGGCAAAAAUCCCUUUCUUCAGCUACUCUAAGUUCAGCUAAACAGCUUAAAGUAUUUACCACAUGUUAAAAGAAAUAUUAAUAUACAUAGGUAUUUUCCAUCCUGUCAGGUCUUCUAGCUCUCCUUCCUGAGAACACUUACUCUAGUUUCUGUAAAGAGUAUUUUUGUUUUAUUUAUAUAUUUUGAGGCUGGCCAACUAAGCUGCGGGCCUUUUGACAUAAGAUCGUACUUCUGUGGAGGGAAAAACAAAGGAAAAAUUGAGUUGAAAUCAUAGAAACAUAGACUGGUUUGGGUUGGAAAGGACCUCAAGAUCAUGUAGUUCCAGCCCCCCUGCCACAGGAAGGGACACCUUCCACUAGGCCAUGUCACCCACGGCCCUGUCCAACCUGGCUUUGAUCAAUGUUAAGCCUGCUGAUAGGAAUGAUGGAAACCAGUCUGAUACAAAUGGCUUCUGCAUUCCACAACAAAAUCCUUCAGCGUCAUGUCCUGACAUGCCAAUAGUGCUCCAGCCACAUGUGACAGCAUGCUGCCGCAUCCUGGCUGUUCCCAGCAUGAACCUUCAGCCCACCUCUGCAGUCUGGGCCUGGGUUCUCUCCAGCCAACACAGAAUCCUGGUGGAUGGAAGACCCCAGUGGCAAUUCCUAAAUAGGUCCACAAAAUAUGUGCAGAGAAUGUGCCUAGAAGGACUUACCAGGGGAGAAAAGCAAGUUUGACAGCUAAUGACUAAUUCACCAGCAUUCACAUCUUUGGAAAGCAAAUAAUCCCCAAUUAUGCACCUUUCUCCAAAUAAUAACGAUGCUGCUCCUGUGACAGUAUUCCCAAGGUAGCUGUGUUUGACGAAGGGAGUGAUAUUCCAGUUUUAUUCAUACAAAGAUCCUGCAGUGCCUAAAUAAGUAUGAAAGUGUUUUGGUUGUAACUACAAGCACAGUAUCUGUAAAGAGAAUUCAUCAACCUACAGAGAUAAAACAUAAGCUGUAAAUGGGAGGAUUGUUGUGCUGGUGUAUGUGAAAUUUGGACCGCAAAUCUCAGAAACAAAACUCUAACCCAGACUGCUUUCUUACAUACCUAAUUAUAUCACAAUUGCUGCUAUUGUAAAUGUACAUGAAUAUACAAAGAGUACCAAGAAUUUUUAUAAUAAAAUCCUCACACAAUCUUUUUUAUAUUAAAAUGUGUAUGCUGCAAAUAGCCUAACAAUUACAGCUUUGCAUGUGUAUCAUUUUGUAGCAUUUGUUACUACAAAAGACAACCAAACCCAGUACCUCAGUGCCUUGCAUGUUUUAAACAGUUCACUAUAUUAACUGGGAAAAAAAAAAGCCUUAAAUCACAAGUGCCCCCAGAUCAGAUGUAUUCCACUGGUUUUCACAAAACUUUGUAUCAUCUUUAGGGUUCUCUUCAGUUAAAAUACAUUAAAAGUUUUGGAACUAACUGAAAACUGACAACUGAAAUUUUUAGAGCACUCAUGUCUUGAAUUUGUGAUACAUUGGAAUUUCUCUCAAAUGUAGCAUUUCAAGUGAACUUUGGUUUGUGCACUCAUAUCUGUUCCAACAGCAGUCUCGAUACCUGUGAAAAAUACAUAACAUUAAAAAAAAUCCAGUCACUGACACUAAUGUGUUUGGGGAUUAAACUGAUGCUAUUUUCAGCUUUUCACUACAGUACUUUUCAUUAGAACCAUAAAAUCUGUCUUGUAUUACAGAAAGUCUUUACCAAGUAUUUUUUCAAGCCUGACUUUCUAGCAUACAAAUGAACUUGGUAAUACUGUCUUAAGAAAAACUUUGAGGCUUUGAUCACUUCAGACCAUUACAGGUUAACAAUUUUCUGGUCAUGAAACUGCAGUAUUUCUUUAUAUUAACAAAACCAAAGUCUUGUUUGAAGUAGCUGAUAUUUUGUAUAAAUAUCUGUACAGAUAACAGACUCUGCAUUUGUACUACAGAUUUUGUAGAUUUUGUUUUAUAAUAAAUACUUCUAAAAGAUUC